AUGGUUGUUCUCUCCAUGGGGGCUGUGAGGAUGUCCCAGAUGUGCAUGCUGAGAUGGGUCGUCCUACUGAUGGGGCUGCAGUCGGUACAAGCAGACUAUAUGGGAAAUCAAAUGAAAGGCAUAACAGAUUCUGUAGUGGACUUCAUGACAACAGCAGCUGAAUACAAGUGCCCAAGUCACAAAGUGUACAAGGCAUGUGGACCUAAAACAGAAAAAACCUGCAGUACAAGAUACAAUGAUGAGUUUGUGGAGAACAAUUGCCAAGGCAAAAAUUGUCAAAAAACAUUCAUGGAAGGUUGUUUCUGUCCUGACAACACAUAUCUAGUUAGUUCAACGAUAGAUAAAUGUACACCUAACUGCGAUUGCAUUGGCCCUGAUGGAUUACCUAGAUUGCCUGGGCAAACAUGGACCUUUAACUGUACCAAAUACCACUGCUCCAAUGAGAGCUUUGGUAUUGUGAAAGAACCUAUUAUGUGUCCUACCAUAAAACCAUGUGGCCAUGAUUACAAAUCAACAAUUAAAAGCUGCUGUCCAACCUGUGUGUGUGAUCUCGAGCUGUGUUUUCAAAAGAAAUGUGAUGUGGGAUUUGAAUUAGCAGCAACUAUGACCAAUAAUAGUUGCUGUCCACCCUGUGUGCGCAAAGAAGUCUGUGUGUACAAUAACACUGAAUACAAGCCUGGAGUUCAAAUCCCUGUGGAUCCUUGUGAGGAAUGUUACUGUGAAAUGAAUAGAACGACUCAACUGCAUGAUGUGAAAUGUGGUACUAAAGUCUUUCCAUCUUGCCCUCCGGGCUUUGAACAUGUGAAACAAGAAGGAGAGUGCUGUGGAAUGUGUGUACCAAACAUGUGUAAUUACAUAGCAGACAACAAAACAUAUCAUCUCCAGGUUGGAGAAGCCCUCGGUGACAAAUGUGAAAACGUUACCUGUCGUAAAGUUGAUGGCUCAUUAGUGGUUGAGAAGACAAAACCAGAAUGCUCGUCCUCGUCACUUGCCUGUGGUCGUGGGUUUGAAUAUCUGAAACAAAAAGGAGAGUGCUGUGGAUCAUGUAAACAAAGAGUCUGUAUUUAUGAUGCUCCAGACAACACCAGACAUUUUCUCAAGGACCAAGAGGUUUACAAGUUCAGAUGUACGACUGCUACCUGCCGUGAAGUGAAUGGCACAUUUGUGAUGAUGGAGAGCAUUAAAAAAUGCCCUGAAUUUAAUCCAGAGGACUGUGAGCCUGGAACAUUACAAUUUGACUCAGAUGGAUGUUGCCAGAUCUGUAAGUCCAGGAACUGUGUUCUUGAGAAGAACGUCACCCGUCUGCGUGUUGAUAAUUGCACUUCCAUCGAGGAUGUAGAAGUUACAUCCUGCACUGGCCACUGUGACACCAAAUCAAUGUAUUCAAUGAACACAAAGGCUAUGAUACACAGCUGUUCCUGUUGCAAGGAGGAGAACGUCGACCAUCAAAAUGUGACGCUGAAGUGUGCCGACAACAGUGAGAUUGUUCGUGACUACGUGCACAUAAAGAGCUGCAAAUGCACUUCUACUGAGUGUGUAGACCAGAAGACCUCUGGCUAAAAGACUAAUAUAAAAGACUACUGCUGAUUUAAACAUAAUUAA